AUGGCUGAAUCACACAGACUUUACGUUAAGGGAAAGCACAUCUCUUACCAAAGAUCCAAGAACGUCACCAACCCAAAGGUCUCAUUGAUCCAAAUUGAAGGUGUUGCAUCUCCACAAGAUGCUAAAUUCUACCUUGGUAAAAGAAUUGCUUACGUCUACAGAGCUCAAAAGGAGAUCAGAGGUUCUAAGAUCAGAGUUAUCUGGGGUAAAGUCGCCAGAACUCACGGUAACAACGGUUUAGUCAGAGCUAACUUCAAGAAGAACUUGCCACCAAAGACCUUCGGUGCUUCUGUUAGAGUCAUGUUGUACCCAUCAAACAUCUAA